AUGGCGAAGCAGUACGACGUGCUGUUCCGGCUGCUGCUGAUCGGGGACUCCGGGGUGGGCAAGACCUGCCUGCUGUGCCGCUUCACCGACAACGAGUUCCACUCCUCGCACAUCUCCACCAUCGGUGUUGACUUCAAGAUGAAGACCAUCGAGGUGGACGGCAUCAAAGUGCGCAUCCAGAUUUGGGACACCGCGGGGCAGGAGAGAUAUCAGACCAUCACAAAGCAGUACUAUCGACGGGCCCAGGGAAUAUUUUUAGUCUACGACAUUAGCAGCGAGCGCUCUUACCAGCACAUCAUGAAGUGGGUCAGUGAUGUGGAUGAGUACGCACCAGAAGGCGUCCAGAAAAUCCUGAUAGGGAACAAGGCCGAUGAGGAGCAGAAGCGGCAGGUGGGAAGAGAGCAAGGGCAGCAGCUGGCCAAAGAGUACGGCAUGGACUUCUACGAAACAAGUGCCUGCACCAACCUCAACAUUAAAGAGUCUUUCACGCGCCUGACGGAGCUGGUGCUGCAGGCCCACAGGAAGGAGCUGGAUGGCGUCCGGACGCGAGCCAGCAAAGAGCUGGCUUUGGCAGAGCUCGAGGAGGAUGAGAGCAAACCUGAGGGCCCAGGGAACUCUUCCAAAACCUGCUGGUGCUGA